GCUGUGUCUUGGGGCCUCGAACGACAACAGGCCAGUAGCGCCGUGUCUACAUGGGGCAUUGAGAAUGUGUUAGUAGAGGAGAAACAGCAGCAGUUCGUAUCUUUACCAUGCGGUUUGCUGUUCUCCAUCAACAUCAACUGGUUCUCACCAAUAAAGCGCUUGCAUGCGUACUCUACCAGCGCCAUUUAUGUCAUCAUUCUCAACAAUCCCAGAUCCAAGCAUUUCUUGGCCCAAGAAAUGUUACUGUACUGUGUCAUCCCAGGGCCUCAUAAACCAACCUUGGAGCAACUGAAUGAGAUCAUGGAGCCACUUGUCAAGGAAUUUCAGGAGCUAUACAAAGGCGAGUGCAUGGUUUGCGUAAGCGGGAAGGAGAAAACAGCCAUUAAUGGACUGACCUUUCUUCAAGCAGGUGUUGCCAUCAUUUGGAAAACCACCCCCUUGUAUUAA